CACCACAGCACCGCUCACCACUUCGGGACUUCGUGGCGCAGAGAGAAAACGCAACCUGGCCACCCUGCCGAGCAGGAUCAGCGAUCUUGAGCCGGGAAGGGCUGGUGAUGCGGGAGGUCAUCUGCAGAUAGGGGCGGACUGGCUCUUAAAAAGACAUUGCGUGGCUGCAGGCACUGCUCACUCUUGUCGUAUCGUGGGGGUGGAAGACACGCAAGCACAACACCGGUGGAGGCUGAGCUAAGAGGUCAGCGCGAUUCCAGUCGGCCAUGAUGUCAGUACAAACCCCUCCCCUCUCCCGCUCUGGCUCCUCGCCCUCCAAUGUGGGUCUGGCCAACCGCAGCGGCGCAUCCGCCACACCUCCCACCUCGCUCAGCCUGCGCUCCUCUUACAACCAGCUGCUCGGACGUGACGUCAUCAAGGAGUCCGCUGGCUCAGAAGGCGGAGGUUCGGCCACCUUGCCCAAGAGCCGCCAACGAUACUCAAUGACAAGCAUGCGUAGUGUGGUGGGCACAAGUGAUAACCUGUCAUCUAAGAAUCAAACUGCUAGCAGGGGCAGGGGCCUUCCCACUAAGUCCUCAUCCAGUUCUGCCCUAUACUCCUCUUCCUCCUCCUCAUCACUCUUCAAUACAGCUAACCCUAAACUAGCCAAGAAUGGGGCCAACAUGCAGAGACGUGCUGAGAGUCAGCAGCUGGAGCUGAGCAGAGCAAAUACAGAGGGCAAAAUUCACAAUGUCCCCACAGACAACAUCACCUCUAACUGGGCCGAGUUUGAGAAAGACAACUCCCAGCCGCUCCCCUUCCGAAGACGGACAAAAAGCUUCUUGGAGUACCACGACAAGGUUUGGGACCAGAGCUGGGGAAACAAGGAGAACGACAAGCAGCUGUCUUUGACGGAGAAAGAGCAGGUCAGCCCAGUCAAAGAGAGAGACAGUCAGAAGGAAGAAAAGCCCAGCGGCAAAGGCUCCUGUCAGGAGGACAAAGAAGAGGCGGUGCCACUAGUGGAGGAAGAGGAUGAAGAGGAGGACGACAAAUCACCAACUGCAAGACAGCCUCUUUUACCGGUAGUGGUGGAAGUACCGCUUUGCUCUUCCUCUUCUUCAUCCACUAAUAGCCCAGAGUGGGUACCGGAAAUCCACCAGGCUGCGGCCCACAUCAGAGAGGAGCACUGCAUCCAGGUUCAGGGAAGUCCGAGAAGUCCCGCAAAGCUUCAGAGGAGCUCCCAGCCCAGGGUGAUCAAAGUAGAACUACACCCCAACAAUGAAAACCAGUUCCUGCAACAGUACCCACCAUCCUCCCCGAAGCAGCCCAGGUCCAGUGAGAGGAACACCCCUACAAGGAACCGGGCGGCCCUUAUCCUGCCCGAUCCCCAACCAGAGCUUGGGCUCCCCAAAGUGAGUUUAAGAAUGGAUCUGACACCCGAAACUCCGUCGGAGGAUGAAGACUCCAGCUGGACCACUCUGUCCCAGGAGUCACCCUCUCCUCAAAGUCCACAGGAGACAGCAGAUGUUUGGGGCGAGGGGGAUCUGCCCCCAGGCUGGCAGGAGAUCUCAGAUUCGGCGGAGGUAUAUUUCUGGCAUGUCCCCACCGGCACCACUCAGUACCACCGACCUGUUGCCUCAAAUGAGACUGAGAACAAACCACGACAGGAGACGCAGGACUCGCUACAGCCACCCAAUGAGCGCCCCAGCAGUCUCAUCUCAGACAGUUCAGUGGAGCCGGUCCCCUCCCCUUCUGGCUCCUCCCCAACCUCCCUCACCUCCACCCUCUCCAAUGAUGUCAUCCCUUCUGCACAGAAUCUCAAAAGCACCACCUGCACAGUCAACGAUCUGAAGGACUAUCCAAUCUAUCCUGACCCCAGUCUGAAGGCAUUUGAAGGGGCCACCCUCCGCUAUGCUUCCCUCAAACUCAACCCUCCAGCUCCACUGGAAACGGUGGACCUCGACAAUACUUUCCCGGAUCCAGAAGCAAUGUCAUUUCCAGUACGGUCCCUGGGCUGGGUGGAGAUGGCAGAACAGGACUUGUGUGAGGGGAGGAGCAGCGUGGCCGUCCAUCACUGCAUAAGACAACUUUCUUACUGCAGAAGGGAUAUCCGAGACUCAGCCGGCGUUUGGGGAGAGGGUAAAGGAAUGCUACUGGUGCUUCAAGACCGCAUGUUGACUCUGGUUGACCCAGAUGAUCAAAGCCUUCUGCACUCUCAGCCAAUCAGCAGCAUCCGUGUAUGGGGAGUCGGCCGUGACCAUGACAGGGACUUUGCCUAUGUGGCAAGGGACAAGAACACGCGAGUGCUCAAGUGUCACGUGUUUCGAUGUGAUACGCCCGCCGCAGCCAUCGCCACAAGUCUUCACGAAAUCUGCUCCAAGAUUAUGGCUGAAAGGAAAAGUGCCAAGGCUGCAGCUGGCAGUUCCUCCCAGACUGGCUCUGAUGUGCCCCUACAAGAAUUUCCAAUGCCAAAGACUGAGCUGGUACAGAAGUUCCACGUCUUCUAUCUGGGUGUGACGUCAGUGAAUCGACCCAUAGGUAUGGACAUCAUAAAUGGAGCCAUUGACAGUCUGGUGUCCUCCACAGGCAAGGAGGACUGGACACCUGUCAUUCUGAGCAUUGCUGACACCACUCUGGCUGUUAUCAAAGAAAAGGAGGAGGAAGAAGAGGCAUUGGUGGAGUGUCGGGUCCGUUUCUUAUCCUUCAUGGGAGUGGGGCAGGACGUCCACACAUUUGCCUUCAUCAUGGACACGGGAAACCAACACUUCCAAUGCCAUGUGUUCUGGUGUGACCCCAAUGCUGGAUGUGUGUCUGAAGCAGUGCAGGCAGCAUGUGUGUUGCGGUAUCAGAAGUGUCUGGUGGCGCGGCCGCCCUCGCAGCGGGCCGGCUGCUCGUCCUCACCCGCCGCCGACUCUGUGAGCCGCCGAGUAAGCACCAGCGUGAAGCGCAGUGUCCAGUCUCUCAUAGACACUCUAAAAGCCAAGAAACCGCCAUCAGAACUCCCUCAGCAAUGACCCUCACCAGUGAGCACGGCACCUCCCCACAACCAAACAAUGCACAGCUUCACAGCCAUGGUAACCAGUGAUGUACAUAUAUGUUAGUGACCACCACACUGGUCAACACCAAAAAAAAGAAAGAAAACGAUGGUCAAGUGUGCCAGAUGAUGAAAGGUGUUUUUAAUUGAAAAGGAACAGUUGGUUCAACUUUGACUUGCUCACUUAUUUGGCUUUCGAGGGAGGGGGGGUGUUCUCGUCACGAUGCUGCUCAGAACUGAUUCAUGGAAUCAUUUUAUAUUCACACUCAAUCAGCAUUUGAGUGAAAGGCGGAGCCACCUACGCCUCUUGGUGUCUGUCACCAGAUAACCUUCCUGCAAUUGCAGCUGCCCACUAAAUGCCAUUUAAAUGACUCCAAGCAUUAUAUAAGGGAGGGAUAGCUAAAAUAGGGCCAGGAAUAUUCCAUUGAUUGUGUGAAGUGAGUGUAAUGAAUAAGUAAUUACAAUGGAAAAGGUAGUGGUGAGUAGGUAGUAUAAUUUCAGGCACAAAAGAGGGAGUGAUGAGAGACGCGAGUUUUCGAUUAUGCAUGUUACCUUGAUGGUUUUAUGUUGAUGCGAUUCAGAGUAUUCACCAGUGGUGGAAACACAUCAAGUAGAUGCUGUCAGCACAAGUGAUGAACAUAGGCACAAAACAAUAAAUUCCUUGCUAUGGCUCCCAGCCACGCCCCAUUUUUAACGUUGUUUUAUAGGAAUUACUCUGAAAAUAAUCUCCAUAUAUUGAGUUGAAAAUAAAGAAUGUUACAUUGCUAGCAGUCGAAAUGUUGCUAUGUCCUCAGGAAUCUUUAUUCAUACACACAAAAUAUUUAUACCUGAGUUCAAGAGAGGGCAGAUCUUUUCAUUGACAGUGGUGCCUUCAGAUACGAGUUUAACUGUAACAACGUGUUAUUCAAAACUAUCAAAUCAUCAUUCUCCACGCAGCAAAAAAAAAACUAUUUUAAUCAAAAAAGGGGGAAUUAAGACUCAGUUGUAUUGAAAUCUUCAAAAGUGUAUAAUUAAAUAAAAACAGAAUAUAAAAAGCUUUUACAUCAUUACAAGUGCAACACGAAUGUCGUAAUAAUUUUCAUUCUCGCAGAGGAUAAAGAAUACAUGCCUGUGAGUAUUUGCAUAUUGUCUAACUGCAUGUGUUACUGCGCUAUUUGUGUUCAUAUAUCCAUUGCUAAAAGCGUAAUAUCACCACCGCAUACAGUCAAGCCUGAAGGGGUAUAAAUAAUUACGAGGAGUUUCUCUCUCUCGAAUCUAUUUGCAACAGGACUAGGCAAACAGUCAAGCACCUCAACCCCCCCCCCCCCAAAAAAAAUCAUCCGAAUAACAGCUCCUAUCGCGGCACCACUGUAUUUAGUCGGAUGUAAAAUACCCUUGCGUUCUCAGUCCGUCACCUCCCUUCUCUAAUAAAAAACACAUGCAAGUUAAUACACAUAGCUAUGCAAAGUAGUCUGAACAAGUAUCCAAUAGCUGCUCUUUGUCUCCACUAGUAAUACAAUUCAGCACCCAAGUUGAAUGACUUUUUCUUCCAAGGAAUGUUUUCUCCAUUAUUGCUGCCACUUUUGGACCAGUGGUCUGCAUUUAAGCCUUACUCAUAAGGUACUGUGCAGUGCUACUGUAGUAUCUUUACGAGACCCAAUUGGCAGGCAUGUGUAACACACUAGUAGCAUCCUGGACACUACUAGUAGCACCAAAAUGUCUACUAGUAGUUUUAUCUUAGACGUGUACGUCCUACAAUCAAGCCCUCAAGUACCUCAGUCAAAUGUCACUAAUAGUACUUGCAACAUUCAGAUGUCAGAGAUUGCACACUUGGCAUCUGUGUGGUACUGGUACUAGUAGUGAUUCAUUAAAUUCUAAUAGUUAACAUCUAGCAUUAAUAAAGAACAUCCUACUACAGGAACCUUGAGCUGGAUAACAAGGACAUCGAAGAAAUGCUCAAACGGUUUUCCAUACUGACAGCAAAAUGUGUGAGCUGACUCACGGCUUUUAAAAGACCAGCGCGCAGGCACCUGCACUCGACUCACAAACUGCGAAUGCGGUCCAAACUUACACAAAAUCAACAACCACGGGAGAGGAAUAACGCUGUAUUUCAUUUCAGGUUCAGUCAUCAUUGACAGUGUAAAUGUUUUCUGUUGUGAAAAUAAAAAUGCAUUGGCAAAAGAAA